CCCUCUCAGUGAAAGCGCUUAUAGGCACGUGUCAGUCAGCGUGACGCAGUAAAAUCUGGGCUGUUUUGCACAGUAAAAACAGCUCUUUUUGCUAAUUAAACGCGACAUUAGCGGUCAUGGCGCAGAGCAUGCUGCUGUACUGGGGCUCCGGCUCUCCGCCGUGCUGGAGAGUCAUGAUCGCGCUGGAGGAGAAGCAGCUGCAGGGAUACAAACACAAACACCUGUCGUUUGACAAGAACGAACACAAGUGUGAAGAAGUGAAAGCUCUCAAUCCCAGAGCUCAGCUUCCGACUUUCAAGCACGGAGACAUCGUCGUGAACGAGUCGUUUGCCGCGUGUCUGUAUCUGGAGAGCGCGUUUAAGUCUCAAGGCACCCGUCUGAUCCCAGAUGACCCGGUUGAACAAGCGCUCGUCUACCAGCGAGUGUUUGAGACCAACAACCUGCAGCAGAAAAUGUAUGACGUGGCUUUCUAUGCGUGGUACGUUCCUGAAGGAGAGAGACAUGAAUCGGCUCUGAAGAGGAAUAAAGAGAGUUUAAUCGCCGAGCUCAAACUGUGGGAAGGAUACUUGGAGAAGAUGGGUAAAGGCUCGUACCUCGCUGGCAAGAACUUCACCAUGGCCGAUGUGGUUUGUUUCCCCGUCAUCGCAUAUUUCCCACGACUUCACUGUCCUCCGGAGCGUUGUCCCAGACUGAUGGAGUACUACGAGAUGCUGAAGGACCGUCCCAGUAUUAAAGCCAGCUGGCCGCUUGAGUGGCUGGAAAAACCCGAGGGUCAAGACACGCUCAAGAACCUGUGAAGAACGUCUGAACACACCAGCGGCAUAAACCCAUCACUGUAUUCAGUGUCAUCUUCAAGUUCAGCUUACUGUAUUAAAUCACAACCCUUGACUCUGUUCAGUCUUGUUUUGAUUUGCCUGACGUUUGACAUUUAAUCUCGAUCAUUUAUCUUUAACCCAGCGGGCCGCGUUAUUUGUGAACUCGGUUUUGAAAAUAAAGCUCAUUGUGUCUGUAAUGAUUAAUAAAGUUGUAUCCUGUUCGGUCCAAAUAAAGAAAAUAUUCACCAUCAUU